AUGACUGUUUGCUCUGUUGGGAUCUGUCUCAGGCUCUCAAUGUGGCCUGGCUGGCAUCGAAAUCUCCCCUCCACGAGCGAGGGGCGCAACAACAGAAUUGGGCACACAAUUGACAUGAGCGGCUUCGCGACGGUCGGGGACGGGGGCCACCUCUCGAGCGGCUCCGGCUCGUUCUCCGCGACUCGCAGAGCCGAGCGCCGGGAGCGGCGGGAGCGCGAACGUCGUCGCAAGGGUGCGGCCGCCUCCGACGAAGCCUUCGGCGGCGACGACGUCGCGCUGGCCGAGGCGUACUCCGCGGCGAGGCGAGACGACGUGCCCGAGCUGGAGGAUGCGCUCCAGCGGGGCGUGAUGCCGCGCGCCACGGACGCGGACGGCAACACCCUGCUUCACGCCGCGUGCGCGAGGGGCGCCCUGCGGGCGGCGAAGCUGGUGGUGCGAUGGGCGGUGUACAGCACGCAUCCGCCGGACCGCAACUUCCUCAACCUCCAAUCCGCGGAGGGGUUCACCGCUCUCGACCUCGCCAGGGCGGGCGGGUUUCGUAAGAUGGAGGAGUGGCUCGUGGCGCUGGGCGCCCUCGGGCGCGGCGGGACGGGCGCGGGAUCUCUCGCAUACGAUCCGUCCGGCGCCAGGAGCACCGGGCCGCCCGGGGGCGCGUACGGGGGUCAUCACAACUCCCAUCACAAUCCUUACAAUCCGCCCGGGGGCUGGACCCACCCGGGGAUGCCGCCCCCGCCGCUACCCUACGGCAGCAGCGCGGGGGGCGCGUACCCGGCGGGGAUGGGAUACCCCGGCCACGUGGCCCCGACCCACGUGGCUGGCCGCCACGUGUCCAGCUACGAGCCGUACGUUCCGUCGAACGCGUGGGGCGAGGAUCCCGGCGCGCUCGAUCGAAGUUUAGCUCGAGCCGCGGGGGCGCCGGGCGCGUCGUCGUCGUCGGACACGUACCUCAUGGGCGCCCUGGAGGCGGCGCUGGGGGGCGGACCCGACGACGACAGGGUGGGACAAGCGAGCGAGGAGAGGCGACGGGCCCAGGCCGUGGUGCGUCAGGUGGCGGAGGCGAUGGAGGAACGCGACGACGCGCUCGACGAGUUGGACGAGACGAUGGAAAAGAUGCGAAGGUUGGAAGCCGCGCUCGCGGACGCGGAGGCCAGGGCGGAACGCGCGGUGCGGGACGCCAAGGCGGAGGUGGCGUCGCAACGCGAGGAUGAGCAGAAGGCGGUGCUCUCGGCGUUGGGCCUCGCGGAGGAGAGGGCGGUUCAGAUGGCGGCGGAGUGCGAGACGACGAGGGAGGAACGCGACGCGAUCGCGUCGGCGCUGGACUUUGUCAACGACGAGAUGGAGAACCUACGGGCACGGGCCGAAGCCGCGGAGAACGCGCUGGUGCACAGGCGCGAGGAGGACUACCGCGCCGGGUUCGCCGCGGGACUGAUGGCGUACAGGGAGGAGCUGGGUUUGCCCGCCAUCGGCGCCAUCGAGGCGGCGGCGGCUGCGGCAAACGCCAAAACUCCCUUCGACGACGACGGCCCUCGGGCUGGCGGGGGGAACGAAGGAAGCGGUGUGGGCGAUCCCACGGGUCACGAAGGCGUGGAGUACACGGCGACGGUGGCGGAUACCCCGAACGAGUCGUCGUCCAACUCGGACGCGGAUUCGGACGCGGACAUACCCGUCGCCGAGCUCGCGGCGAGUGGCGCUCCGAAUAAUGCGCCGGAUCAGAAUCGUUCGUCGCUGACGCCCGCGGGAGCGGCGGCGUUGGCCCGCGCGCACGAGCGUCGCUCGCUUAGCCGCUCGCAGUCACUGGAGAAGGGCGCGGCGGCGGAUGCGGCGGCGAACGCGCUCGGCGGGUUGGAGCUCUUCGAGGUUCCCUUAUGCGAGUGA